GUCUCCUCCUGUCAGCUGUGUGGAAUGUGCGAUGCACAUUAUGCAGACUCCGAGAGAAGGUCACUAGAAGCGCCUUGGUCCGCUUGCAGAAAGCGCUCUGCUGUCUUCGCCCUGAACAUACUCGUCCUGUCCUGGUCCUCUGGCUGAAGCUCCAUCAGAAUGUCUACACCUGACUCAACCUCCUUCCUCACCAUGCUGCCCACAUUCACCUCAUCCACUCCAGAGGUCCCAGCUGUGGAGGCCAACGCCACCUCCUGCCAGCAUUGGGAGCAGGUCCAUCACACGCUGUUCCAUCUCGGGAACCUAUCCCUGCUGCUGGGCCUGCUCAUUCCCACCACCCUGGGGCUGCACAUGAUUCUGCUGCGCCUCUUCCUGAUGACAGGAUGCAGUCUUUUCAUUGCUUGGGCUACUUUCUAUCGCUGCAACCUUGAUGUGAUGGUUUGGAACGUGGUGUUCUUGGUCGUCAACUUCAUGCACUUAUUCUUUCUCCUGUAUAAGCGCAGGCCGAUUAAGAUUGACAGAGAGCUGCGGACUGUCUACAAGCAGAUGUUUGAGCCUGUCCAUGUGCAGGAGGCUUUGUUUCAGAGGCUCACAGGACAGUUUUGCACAAUCCAGACUCUGAAGAAAGGCCAAGCAUAUGCUGCUGAGGACAAGACCUCUGUGGAUGAGCGCCUCAGUAUCCUGCUCAAAGGAAAGAUGAAGGUGUCAUAUCGAGGUCAUUUCCUCCACAACAUCUAUACCAACUCAUUCAUCGAUUCUCCAGAGUUCAGAUCUACUGAGAUGCACAGAGGGGAGAAGUUCCAGGUGACAAUAGUGGCAGAGGAGAACUGCAAGUUCCUGUGUUGGUCUCGAGAACGGCUCACUUACUUCCUAGAAUCAGACACUUUCCUGAACGAGGUGUUUAAGUACCUCAUCGGCAAGGACAUCACCAACAAACUGUACACUCUAAAUGAUCCCACACUCAGCGAUAAGGCAGUGAAAAAGAUGGACCGUCAGCCCAGCCUGUGCUCUCAGCUUUCUAUGAUGCAGAUGAGGAACAGCAUGGCGAGCACUAGUGACACAGAUGAUGUUCUUAACCAGAUCCUACGAGGAGGAUCCGCUGGAUCAUCUCUCCAAAAAUCACCUGAAACCAAAUCUUCGACGAAGAUGAGGCCUAUAGAAGAAGGCAUGGAGGACGAUGUUUUUGAAGAAUCUGUCUCCUCUCUGCAGCAGCACACAGCUUCCACCAAAGAAGUGUAGGGAUCAGGAGAUCAACUAGCAACACAAGCAUUUUAUCACCUCCUUUAGAGCCUGACUACUUUACUGAUACCUGCCAGUGCCAAUAAACAAAGUGUUCAAGUGUUCAUUUGUAAGCAUCCUUUUUACACAGUGUUUGUUCAUUAGAAAGCAUGAGUUUUAUUUUUCUUCGUACUUUUGAGUGUUUUGCUGUUCAAAAAUCUAUGUAUUUUUUUUGCAAAACCAAAACAACUUCUUGGUUUGAGGGAAUUUAUGUGAAAUAUUAUCAGAGAAUACAAAUGUUUGUCACUAGGUCUUUGUAUUUAACACUUUACUAAACCACAUAUUUUAGUGUAGCUGUUUUUCCUAAUGCUUCUGAGGUUUAUUAUAUUCUGCUGCAUUUCUGUUCUUUCAGCUUUGGUACCUGCUGUCAUUGUUCCUUUAGCAAUCACUACUGUAGUACGUCACAUUUUUGUCAUCUGCCAUCUACUCGGUUUUUUCCUGCUAAGUCAGACGAUAGAGCCCUCUUGUGUUCUUUUGAUUAAAUACAUUUCAGAAAUAUACUGUGUUGAAGCAAAAGUGUCAGAAAUGAUCACUGUCACUAACAAUUGUAAUUCUAUGAAUAAAUAAAUGUUAAAAAAUUGGGAAACUGAAGAUUU